ACAAUACCCACUGCAGCAUUAGAAACUUUCUUGAAGUCAUCGCACCGGGACAAAAUGGCCACGCCACACGAUAAUGCUGUCCUUCAGGCAAUAUUCAACCCAAACACUCCAUUUGGAGAGAUACCUGAUUUACAUCAAGAAGAGGAUCUUACAGAUGAUGAUGGUUUAUUUGACCCAAGCUUGCUGACUCAAGUUAAGCAGUUGGAGUUGCAGGGGGUUUCAGCUGCAGAGUCAGGAGACACCAGGACAGCAUCACAGUGCUUUGACCAGGCAAUUCAGCUACUGCCAGAGCGACCCUCAGCCUAUAACAACCGUGCCCAAACACGUCGCCUGCAAGGGGAUACCGCAGGAGCCAUUCUGGACCUUGAGCGUGCCAUAGCUCUGAGCGGCGGCACUGGGCGCUCAGCAUGCCAAGCCCUGGUGCAGAGAGGACUGUUGUUCAGACUGGGAAACCAGACCGAGGAGGCAAGGCAGGAUUUUACACGGGCAGCUGCACUAGGCAGUAAGUUUGCACAGCAGCAGGCUGUGCUGCUUAAUCCCUAUGCUGCCCUGUGCAACCGCAUGCUGUCUGAGGUCAUUAACAAGCUACGAAACCCAAAUGUUACAGAGAUGAAGUAGGAAAACAGUUUUACAUUCUGGCUCUAUAGGGCUCAUAUUAUAAGUUGAUACAUCUGUGUUUUAAAAUAAUACUAUACAUUUAACAGCAUGAAUAAAAGACAAUAGAUUUCACUGUGCAUGUUUAUUUUUAUCCCACUUAGUUUUUAGCUAGAAUAAUCUAACAUGUCAUGUUUAAUCAAAUCUACAAUCUGUAAGUGAACACAUAUGUAGGUCAUGUAUGCUAAAUUAUGUAUGUGUAUAUGUUUUUCGUUUAAAAUAAUAUUGAAAUAUGAAUCAGUGUCCAAAAGUGAUAAUGAAUAAAGUGAUACAGUCCAAAGCAGAUAACGAAAA